AUGGUUGAAGCUCAAAAGUACAGAAUAGAACAGGAGAUGACAAACUUGGUUAAUGAAUUAGACAGAAGUUAUUUAAGAAAAAUGCAGGGCGAUAUGCACAGAUGUGCAGCUAAAUGUUGUGACGAUCAACAGACUUCACUUGAAAGAGUACAUGGAUGCAUUGAAAAUUGUACAAUUUCCCUUAACCAAGCCAAUAAUUAUGUACAGGGUGAGAUCAAUCACUUCCAGAACAGAUUACAGCGCUGUGUUAUGGACUGUAAUGAUUCAGCUAGGGAUAGAUUAGGACCAGAUCCUAGCCAAGAAACUGUUGAUAAAUGUACCAUAGAAUUUGAGAAAUGUGCAGUCAAAUGUGUGGACAAGCACAUGGCACUGAUCCCAAAUAUGAUGAAAACCAUGAAGUCUGUACUAGCGAGUGGUAAACCACCUCCAGUGAAGAACAACUAG